GCAUAUGUAUGCUCCUUCAUGCCAUUUUCUCACUCUUGAACCAAUCUGUUCUCGGGGUGUGUUUACAUUGCUCUAGAGUUUUGUAAGUGUUGCAAUGAGGAAACCUUGCUGUGACAAGGAAGGCACCAAUAAAGGAGCAUGGACGAAACAAGAAGACCAGAAGCUCAUCGAUUACAUCCGAGCUCACGGUGAAGGCUGUUGGCGCACCCUCCCCAAGGCUGCAGGAUUGCAUCGUUGUGGCAAAAGUUGCAGGCUGAGAUGGAUAAAUUACUUAAGGCCAGACAUCAAGCGAGGCAACUUUUCUGAGGAUGAAGAGGACCUCAUCAUUAAGCUUCACGCCCUUCUUGGCAACCGGUGGGCUCUAAUAGCCGGGAGGCUACCAGGAAGAACAGACAAUGAGGUGAAGAACUAUUGGAAUUCUCAUCUAAGGAGAAAGCUGAUAAGUGUUGGUAUCGAUCCAAACAAUCAUCGGAUGAACCAAAGCCUUCCUCGUCCACAAAACCGGUGCCUUUCUAGUCCUAGCACAUCAUCUGAAUCAUUGUCUGCUCCAUCUAAGCCAUCAAAAACUGUUGGUGAAGAUGACCAAUUAUCGGAUGCUGCGACAUGCGUAGAAAACGAAGCAUUAGGUUUGCAUGGCUUGAACUUGGAUCUAACCAUGGCAGUUCCUUCUUCUUCCUCUUCGAUUGAGAAAAAGAAGCAACAAAGUGCUGAGUUGAAGACGAGGGAAGUAGUUGAAAAUGAUGGAGUUCCUACCCUUCUUCUAUUUAGAUGAGUCCAUGACUGCUAGUUGUGGACAAUAUAUUUUUUCUUGAAUUAAUGUCUAAACUAUCCUCUUGUCAUGACAUUUUCCUACCAUAUUGCCCUUAACUUAUUUCUCCCAACUACGAUAGUUUUUAUGAAAACUUAGGAUUUUUUUUUUUUUUUUUUUUUUGG